UCGAAGAGCAGCAUCGUCUCUCAUCUCUGGCUUUACUUUUUGUUAUCUAUCAAGGGCGAUGCACGGACGAUUUCGAAACGCCCCGAAGGCGGGUUCAUGGUGUUAUUUUCUUGUUUGUGUUCUAGUUCGUGUGUGUGUGUGUGUGUGUGUGUGUGUUGGUACAGGAGUACCUUGAUUUAUCAGCGAUACCCUCUGAUUUUGAUGUUUGUGUGUUGCUAUUCUGCGUUGCAUGGCUGUGGGAUUAUCAUUACAGACCCGGUUUCCGUUCUCUCCACUGUCUCGUUUAUGUCGAUUCUACUCAGCACCUGUCUCGGGUUAUUUUUUUAUUGUUUAUUGUUUAUUGUUUUUUUUUUUUUUUGUUUUUUUUCCCUCUCUCUCUCUCUCUUCUCUUCUCUUUAGGUUCGAAGAGUUGUCAUUGCAUCGGGGUCGCAUUCGGAGGAGUCACCGAGGAAGCGGUUGCAUCUUUAGGCAUCAGUGGCGGGGGAUCCAUGCAUGCAUUAUGUCGGAUGAGGAUGAGGAUGGCGAUGGCCAACAUCCUGGCUGGGUCCAUAUACUGUCGUUGGGGUUUCUGGAGGAGAUCCUGACCGAACAGGUCUGUUCUUACAAUGUUUACCUUUGUGUGUUAAUAUGAAUCUGCGGCUGGGACGCGUCUUUUUGAUUCCGGACCUGACUCGUUCCAAAGCUCC